UCCGGAAAAGGCGAGUUAAUAAUCCGAGAAACACCGAGCGAUCGCGUGACAGAUGUCGAAAACUCCCGGAUUUAACAUUACAAUGAAAACAUGCUUUUUGAUAUUUCUGAAUAAUAAACCAUUAGUUAGUCUAAACUGUGGUUAAUAAGAGUCUCGAGCUCUAGUGAGCUGUGCGCUCGCUCAGCAUUGUGAGGGAUCCUCUGCAUUUUAAACAGCCUUGAGUUUCUGAGUGAAUCUGUUUCGUUUCUGCGUGUUUACUUUCGUUUCGGGAUCACCUGUUGCGUUGUGAGAUCAGACUCGUUCAGUUUUCAUCAGACCGUCAGUGAAGCAGCGCAGAGAUGUACGAACAGGAGAAAGAAAGUUUAAAGCGCUUCAGCGAAUAUUUCACGAAGACUUUACGACCAUCCGUGAUCAAAGUCUUCAUGAGUGAAUACCUGGAUGAAGUGACGGUGGAGAUGAUUCUGUCUAAAGAGGAGACGUCUGUCACUGAAGCUGUGAAGCUGUUGUUCGACCGGAUGUGUGAUCUAGAUACGCAAGGCUGGUUUCAGGCCUUCAUUGACAUUCUUCGGGCCUCAGAGUAUACGGGUCUGUGUGCAGCUUUAAUGGAGUGGGACUUCAGUAAGUUUGAAGGUCUGUAGGAACACAGAACACUUCUGCAGAAGAUCGAACCGUCCAUCACCAAACACAUGAAGCCCAGCGAGCUGCUCACGCACAUGAGGGACACGCUGAAAACAAAAGAGUGUGAGGAGAUCAGAGCGGUGGAGACGCAGCGCGGUCGUAUAGCCGCCAGUGAGAUCAUGGUGAAGUGUCUCCUGCGUUCAGAUCAACACAACUGGUUUAAAGUGCUGAAGAUGGCUCUGGACCACUGUGAUUUAACUCAAGCUUUACAACUACUGGAACCAAAUGGAGAUGGUAAGGUUGUGAAUGCACAGGAUGAGGACAUGGACACUUCGACCUCAGAAACCAUAACAACUGUGUUUCAGUAUCAAGAGGACGGUGAAAGUGACGAUACUCUGCUGAAGAGCGCCAACAACAUCAGUGUCCCGGAGACAUCAGGGGUCGGGGGAGGUGAGAGGAAACUCAGAGAGUAUCAGAAGGAGCUGAGCGCUGCGGCCAUUAACGGACAGAACACCAUCAUCUGUGCUCCAACAGGGUGUGGAAAAACUGUUGUGGCUUUGGCAAUCUGUGAGAAUCACCUGAAACAGUUCACUGGCAGGGCAAAGGUCGUCUUCUUGGCAACAAAAGUUGACGUCUAUGAACAGCAGCACAAACUUUUUAAGGAGCACUUCUCCUGCAAGGACCCCAGCAUAAGGGUGACGGGGAUGUGUGGUGAUAUGGAGGGUGUGUCUGUGCUCUGGUGCAUUGAGAAUUAUGACAUUGUGGUGAUGACGGCUCAGAUUCUGGUCAACGCUCUUAACAGUGGAGAGGUGGCGUCCCUCGAGCUGUUAACACUUAUUCUGCUAGACGAGUGUCAUAACACCACCGGAAAACACCCGUACAAUAACAUAAUGACCCGUUACCUGGACACCAAACUCACCAGCAAAACACACUCUCUGCCACAGGUCGUGGGAUUGACAGCAUCAGUUGGCAUUGGAAAUUUCAAGAGUCUGCUGGAGGCUGAGAGCAAUAUCUUACAGCUGUGUGCCAACCUGGACACCAGGGUCAUCACCACGGUUACCAAACACCUGGAUGAGCUCAGAUCUUAUGUGCACACACCUGAGAAACAGUUUUUUGAUGUUCCUCAGCGCACAUCUGAUCCCUUCAUCAAAAUCAUCAAACAAAUCAUGAGUAAAAUUGAGCAGCUGGCACAGAACACCUACAGCAUCGGGAGCCUGUCAAACCUCCAGAAUCGUGAUUACGGCUCUCAGGUAUAUGAGCAGUGGAUUGUCUCUGUUCAGAAGAGCUGCAAGGUUCUACAGAUGAAGAAUCCAGAAGAGGAGAGCAGAAUCUGCCGAGCGCUCUACAACUACACUGAACAUCUGCGGAAAUAUAAUGACGCUCUGAUCAUCACCGAGGACGCUCGGACUAUAGAUGCUCUGGAUUAUCUGGAUUGGUUUUUUGAACAGGUCCGAAACGCCGGCUAUGACGAAACCGAGAGGAAACUCACAGAGUUCUUUGACAGUCAGAGGUCACAGUUGCUGGAUUUGGCCACAAACGGACAGCAGAACCCCAAACUAGAGGAGCUGAAGUUCAUUCUGGAGGAGGAAUAUCACAGCAACCCUCAGACCCGAACGGUCCUGUUCGUCAGGACACGAGCCCUCGCUGAUGCCAUGAAGAAAUGGAUUGAUGACACAGAUUCACUGAGUUUCCUGAAUCCUGGAGUUCUGAUCGGAAAAGGACGCAAAUCCAACAGUAACAGCUCAGGAAUGACUCUGAACAAUAUGAAGGGUGUUCUGGAGUCUUUUAAGAGCUCUGAUAACAGUAAGAUUCUCAUCGCCACAUCUGUCGCUGAUGAGGGCAUCGAUAUCCCACAAUGCAACCUGGUGCUCAUGUAUGAGUAUGUGGGUAAUGUGGUGAAGAUGGUCCAAGUUAGAGGUCGUGGUCGGGCGCAGGACAGUCGAUGUUACCUCAUCUCCAGCUGUAAGGAGCGCAUUGAGAAGGAGAAGAUGAACAUGUCUAAGGAGAAGACGGUGGAGGAAGCCGUGAAGCGUCUGCAGAGCAGCCCGACUGAAAUCAGCAGCAAGGUGGACAUGCUACAGAGAGAAGAUAAAGUCCGGAGGGAUCACAUCAGAUCCAGUUCUGACAGACCCAAAACGCAGGCCAGCUAUGAGUUACUCUGCGGCAAGUGUAAGACGUUUGCAUGUCUGAGUGACGACCUCAGAGUCGUACAGGCGAGUCAUCACAUUGUUCUGGAUCAUUCCGUCUUCAAACGCUGCACAACAGAAGCUCAUAAAAAGCCCAAAACCUUCUAUGGUAUCUGUAAGAAAGAGAAGAUGCUGUGUGCCACCUGCAAAUAUGACUGGGGGAUCAUCGUCUCUUACCUCAACAUACAGGAUCUGCCGGUGCUGAAGAUCGAGAGUUUCACCCUGCAGGACCGUAACAUUCAGAAACAGUUUUACUUCAGGAAAUGGCGCGAUGUGACGUUUGCCAUACGAGAGUUUGACAUCACAGAGAUCACGCCAGAAUCAUGGCCAUUAAGAGAAUGAGCCACAAACACACAACUGAACACUGCCAGGAUAAAGACAACACAACUGUCAGUAGAUUAGAAUCAUUUCAUAAUAAUGUUCUGUAGAUUUAAAUAAUAAAAGAAAUGAUUGUUACGUUUCACCAAACAAUAACUGCAAAAGAUAUAUUAAAAGUAUACAGUACAUGUACAAUUCUUUUGUAGUUGAAUAAUAUAUGUUCUUUUUAGAAUUAUAUCCUUGAUAGUUGUGUACAUGUACCCAUAUUUAAAAGUUUUCUUAGAGUACAGAAUUUGGGCAGCUCGUAUGUUUUGAUUAAAAUCAUUGAAAUGAAUGAUUAGUCAUCACAGUACUCUUUUAUUAGGAGCGUGUAGUGAAAAUUAAUUUAAAAUAAAAAAGCCUGACACGAAUACAUUUAUUUAAGCUAAUUUAGUUUUACCCAUUGUUCUAAUAUCUGUGGUUCUUUUGUUCUAUAGCAUCAUGAGCAAAGUUGUUUUAGUUUACUAAAAUUAAAACUUUAAAAGCGUUUUUGUUUAUUGAAAUCAAAUAUUGGCCUAAAAAUGAUUGAUAAUAAAACAUAAACUAACAAAAAAUGUAAAUGUUGCCUCAGAAAUAAACUGAAAUAAGUUUAAAGCACUAAAAUUAUAAUAAUAAACAAAACUAAAAUGAAUUAAUCUUAUACAGCAACAUAAAAAAGAAAAGAAUUAAAUGAUAAAAGCAAGUAACAAAAGUUGCUAAAUAUUUAACUAAAAUUAACAUAAAAUAAAAGCAAAUUUAAAUAUUAAUAAAUAAAAUUAUGAAUGAAUAAAAAUGAAAUCAAUCUCAAAUCAAAACUAUAAUAACUCUGAUCAUGAGAUGAAUGAGUCAUUGAGAUCAUGAUAUACCUGUUCAGAAUAUUGUCCUGGCCAAAAUGAAAAGAAAGCUUAUUUAUUAUUCAUCAUUAUUUAUCUCCGUAGUUCUCAUUACUGUUACAUGUUUAGUUGCCAAAUGCAUUAAUGUAAAUUUAAGAAAUUACCAUAUAGAUCAAUAAAAAUGACUGAAAUGUGUUUAAUUUUCUUGAAAAUAAUGUCUCGGUGUAAAAAUCUUAAUGGGUUUAAAUUAAAACAUGCAUGACAAAACAAAGCAUGAUUUGUUGUUUGAUUUUAGGGCGAAAUGAGAUCUGGAUGUGAUGACGUUCACCCUCGAGCUGUUGAAUCCAUUCAGAACUGAAUAUUUCACAAACAUGAUUUCAGUUCUGGAA